AUGAAAGCUUGCAUCAUUAUCCUUGCAAUUACUCUGACUUCAGCAGUCAAUGCUUUAUCCAUAGAUGACUACAUUUACAAAUAAUAGGAACAGCUGAUAGUAAAAUAAAAUCUGAAGAAAUAAAAAGAUAGAGAUGGGUUGAUCGCUAAAAAAUUGAAACCUCAAUAGACAAUACCACCUUCUUAUCUUAAUUAUUAAAUAGGAGCUUGUGGAAUGAUUGACCCACCACCUCAUUGCGGAGAAGCUUAAACAACAGCAGACGAUAAUACAAUAUGGCUUCGUUCAGGCUCUGCCUGGGUCCCGAUGAAAUUCAAUACUCCACAAGUUUAAGCAAUUGAAGAAUUCAAUUCAUACUAACUUAGUUGCGAAUUAUAAGGAAAUUGUCGAUCAUAUGGUUUUGGUCCCAAAAAAUCACCUUAUCUAGACCCGAACUAUUGGCUUCAUUUAAAGUAUUGA